AUGAAAGAGCCCACGAGCCGAAAUUCCCGCGCGAUAAUCCUGGGCGACAACCUGGCGCGUACGGGCUCAGCAACAGGCAACAGCGGAAACUCACACAAGAAGCGCGCGCGCAAGGGCUUGAAGGGCCUUGAGAAAGACGUAAACGUUACUUUGGGAGGACACAUUGCAAAUCUGCAGUUCUACAAAACCUCAGACGAUGUGGACUCAUUCCCUUGCUUGUCAUCGUCUCAGCGCUUGACACAAGCCACACUUGAUGAUUCUGUAAUGAGUACAAUUACCGCCAUGUUCGCACAUUGCAAGAAGAACCACAAAGCCUGCUGGGAAGAGAGCCAGCCCUUCAUGCCCACACGGCUCAUCGACGUCGGCCGUCCUGGAGAGCAAACAGCCACCAUUUCUCUCCGAGAGCACCUGUCCGAGCCCGAACCAUACCUCACACUUAGCUACCGCUGGGCCAACAACCAAGACACGGCUCUGACGACACGCGCGAACCGAGAGCAAAGGCUGCGCGGAUUCCCAGCCGCGGAACUGCCCCAACUAAUGCAGGACGUCGUAGCCAUGGCCCGGAAGCUCGGCAUCCGCUACGUCUGGAUAGACGCCGUCUGCAUCAUCCAAGACGACCGAGAAGACUGGGCGCUCGAAGCCCCGCAAAUGUCCAAGAUCUACCGCGAAUCCGCGCUGACGCUGUCCAUAUCCACCGCCCUCGACGACUCCAACUCCAUCGCCACCCGCCACCUCGUCGACAUCCCCUUCGCCCACCCCUCCAACGCCUCAACACCCCCCGCCUUCUUCGUCCGCACCGCCCCCACCCACAACGUCCCCCACAACCUAACCGCCAUCCACGGCCACCUCGGGCCCCUCGACGGCACCGGCAAAGACCUGCCCCUCGCCCUCGCCUCACGCCACCCCGUCUUCGCCCGCGGCUGGUGCCUCCAAGAACGCCUUCUCAGCCGGCGCGUCCUCCACCACACCUCCACCGAACUCAUCUGGGCCUGCCGCCGCGCGACGUGGUGCGAAUGCGGCGCCACCUCGCGGCGGCACCCCGCUCCUCCCUCCCCCCGCUGCCCUCGCCGGCGCAAAGCCACGAUCCACCAGGCCCCGAUAUCGGCGCCGGACGUCAUGCCGCUGGUCUUCGAGGACUGGCGCAUGCUGGUGCACGACUACUCGUGGAAUGAGCUGACGUACGAUGGGGACGUCUUGCCGGCGAUAUCGGGGCUCGCGCACGCGUAUCGGGAGGGGUUGGGCGGUGCGUUUGUUACGGGCGCGUAUAGCGCGGGCCAUUGGGGGAGGGAUUUGCCGCAUUCGUUGCUGUGGCAUACGUUGGAUGCAAGGGACUUCGUGUACGUGAUGGCGGGGACGGAUGUCGCGAUGACGAAUAGCCGCAGGGCGGCGGCUGUCGCGCCGUCGUGGUCGUGGGCGAGUGUAAGGGGCCCGGUGCGCUGGCCGACGGAGGGGGUUUUUGCGGUUGUGAAUGAGUUCGAGUGUGCGAGGGAUGGGGUUGAGGUUGAGUGGGCGGAGGUGAAGACGGAGUGUAAGUUGCAGACGGGGGAUGAGAUGGGCCAGUUGGCGGGGGAGGCGGAGAUGUGGGUCAAGACGAGGGUGGUGAGGGAGGUGAAGUCGGCGUUUUUGGAGGCGUGUUGCUCGGCGCCGCCGGGGUUCGCGAAGGAGCCGCCGGAUGAUGAUGUGCUGUUUGUGUCGGAGUUGGCGGACGGGAGGGAGGUGUGUAUGUCGGUUUUCUUGGACACGGUCGAGGAUAGGGAUGCGUGGCGGGAGAGUAGUGUUUGGUUUGCGCGGCUGUGCAGGGUCACGCGGGAGGAGGACGCGGAGCUUAGCGAGGAGGGGAUGAGGUGGAGGAGAAGGGUCGGGACGGUGGCUUUGAUGCUGCUUCGGAGGGACGACGGCAAGUUUCGUCGGAUUGGGAUUGCAACGAGCCCCCGGAAGAGGAUAGAUGAGGUUGACGUUGGUAUUUUCGCGCAAGAAGUCGGCGAUGCAAAAGAGAUGGUUGAUAGCCCGGAAGAUAAUGCUUUUGAUGAGUGUUUCGACUCGGUGGAUGAAACUGAGAUCUGUAUUGUUUAG